ACAUUUUCGCGAUUUCAAAAUGGAUUUCAUGAAGGUCUUCGAUCAAACGGUUCGAGAGAUAAAGAGGGAGGUGAAUCUGAAAGUUUUGAAGGUCCCUGAGAUGGAACAAAAGGUAUUGGAUGCUACAGAUAAUGAGCCUUGGGGUCCUCAUGGUACUGCAUUGGCAGAGAUAGCACAGGCCACGAAGAAAUUCUCGGAGUGCCAGAUGGUUAUGAGUGUUUUGUGGACUAGACUAAGUGAGACAGGAAAAGAUUGGCGAUAUGUCUACAAGGCAUUGGCUGUUGUUGAUUAUCUGAUUUCAAAUGGAUCAGAACGAGCGGUUGAUGAGAUUAUUGAGCAUACUUACCAAAUAUCGUCACUCACAAGUUUUGAGUAUGUUGAACCAAAUGGAAAAGAUGUGGGAAUCAACGUGAGAAAGAAGGCGGAAAACAUAGUCGCUCUCUUGAAUAAUAAAGAGAAAAUCUCAGAAAUCAGAGACAAAGCAAUAGCAAAUCGUAACAAGUAUGUUGGCCUCUCAUCAACGGGAAUAACAUAUAAAUCUGGUUCGUCAGCUUCAUUUGGUGGUAGUUUUCAAAGUGGUUCAAGCAAUUAUGACAGCUACAAGGAUAGGGAUUCCAGAGAAGACAAGAAUGACUACGAGUCUUUUCAAAAGUCAAGACGUGGUGUUAAAAGUGAGGAGCAAAGCUACACUUCUAAGAAGAGUUUUUCACGCUAUGGCAGCACGGACCAUGACAAUCUAUCCAGUGGAAAAAAGUCACCCGAUUCUGCCAAACAUAGUUCAUAUGUCUCUGCAGCUCCUUCAAACAACGAUGAUGAUUUUGAUGAUUUUGAUCCACGGGGAACUUCCAGCAAUAAGCCAUCCACAGGCAGUGCCAACAAAGUUGACCUUUUUGGAGGAGAUCUGAUUGGUGACCUCUUGGAUUCUGGGCCAACAGAAACAUCUUCCACCAACAACAACGAGAACUUUCAAGAGGCGGACUUGUUUGCUGAUGCAGCUUUUGUAUCAGCCUCGGCUCAGGGAGCUGAAUUUGGGUCACAGACACAGAAAGAGGUUGAUCUUUUCUCUGCGUCUGAACCUUCUGUCACAGUUUCUUCAGCUCCUCCGACGGUUGACCUCUUUGCAUCUUCUGAGUCAGUUGCAAGCCCAGAAGCCAAGAUAUCAAAACCCGAGUCUAUGGCCACUCCCAACAUUGUUGACCCAUUUGCUGCAGUUCCUAUGGAUAAUUUUGAUGGAUCUGAUCCUUUUGGUGCCUUCACUUCCCACUCGGCUUCAGUCUCUACAGGUCCACAAGCUCCAACUGUACAUGGGAGUGCAACAAACACCACAAGCCCGAUGUCUUUGGCAGACUCGAAGCCACAACACUUGCAAAAGAAAGAUCCUUUCCAGGUUAAAUCUGGAAUUUGGGCAGAUUCGCUGAGCCGUGGACUGAUUGAUCUCAAUAUAACUGCUCCCAAAAAAGCUUCUCUAGCUGAUGUGGGCGUUGUGGGUGAUCUGAGCAAUGAUGAAGGGAACAAAGCAUCGGCUGCAUCGUACUACUCAGGCUGGUCCAUGGGUGCAGGAUCUGGGCUCGGUAAAACCGGUCUAUACAGUGCACAGCAGCAACAACAACAACAAGCACCUGAUAUCUCAGAUGAUUUCUUCUCCAGCCUCAGUAACCAAAGGUACCAAUCUGGUGGCUUUAAGCAGUGAAAUUGUCUGUGAUUUGGUGUUGAGAUGAAAAAGCAUAUUGUAAGUUUUUAAUGGGGUUUGUUGUUCUUGCACUUCAUUCAUGGGACAAUCUGGUCGGUGGCUGAUGUGCCAUUGUUGUUGUGGCAUUUACUUUGGGUUUAAAUGAGAGAUAAGUGUUGUCUUUAUGGUUUUUGAUAAGAGAGUACUUUUAUUAUUGGUUUAAGUUUCGUUUUGUUCAUAGAACAAAAGUAUAUGUAUCUCCUCCGACUCAACAAAGAUUUUUUAUCGUG